AUGGUGCGGCUUCCAUUGCCCCAACGUCUCAGCUCGCAUUUGAGCACGAGAAGCAAUGCUUCCACACCAGGUCAGAGUCGAAGCACCAGUCCCAUGAGGUCUCCGGACCUGAAGUCGUUGAUUCUAAAAGUUUCCGUCAUAAAGGUGAGUAGCAUGGGCAACCGCGCGCUGAACAGCUCAGCUCAUUUGGAGCUCUCCGACCGUAGUUUCUUGUUCUACCUGAUAGUUACCCUUGGGGAUGCCCGACAAUCAACCCCCACGAUAUUUAAAACAUUAAACCCGGAAUGGAACGUGACUUUUGAAAUGCCAGUCGUCGGUGUUCCACUACUUGAAUGUAUCUGCUGGGACCAUGACCGAUUUGGCAAAGAUUACCUGGGCGAGUUUGACAUUGCAUUGGAGGACAUAUUUUCGGAUGGAAACAUCCAGCAACAGCCAAAAUGGUACACCCUGAAAUCGAAUCGAAAACCGACCAAGAAGAAGGAUAGCAACAUUUCGGGAGAAAUUCUCCUACAAUUUUCGUUAUUGGACCCGACAACCCCGACUACAUCGUCUGCAGAAAUAUACUCCAAGUUCAAAAGCCUCGUUUGCGCCGGAGAAGAGGACGAUUACUUCCCUCCUGUCUCGUCAAAUCUAGAGGAAUCUGGUGAGCGAGACGAAGAGACAUCCGAUGAGACGGAUGAUCCAACAAAGCCGGAGAUCGUGGAAAAGCGGAGGAGAAGGCUACGGUUGAAGCGUCUGAAGCGCAAGUCAUUGGCGGCGAGGGCAUAUCAGUUCUCGGGCGCCGGAAAUGGUGUCCAAGGUAUUGUGUUUAUGGAAAUCGUCAAGGUGACUGAUCUCCCACCUGAGCGAAAUGUCACUCGUACCUCCUUUGAUAUGGAUCCGUUCGUCGUCACCUCGCUAGGACGCAAGACUUUGAGAACACCGGUUGUGCGCCACAACCUGAACCCAGUAUAUCACGAGAAAAUGGUCUUCCAAGUUAUGAAACAUGAGCAGUUGUACACAAUGAGUUUUACCGUUAUGGAUAGGGACAAAUUCUCAGGCAAUGAUUUCGUUGCUUCUGCAGGAUUCCCGCUUCAAACUCUUAUCCAAGCUGCUCCUGAAGCCGACCCAGAGACUGGCCUGUAUAAAUUCUUAGAGCCGUCUCUUGAUCCACCAACCCCCGAGGAGCCCGCUCCCAUCGCAAAAUCCGAUGUCAAAAUCGAGAUUAGCCCAUCCCCCUCAUCAACCAGCUUAUCAAAACUAUCGCGGCCAAGCAUGAGAUCCAGGAGUUCUGCCGCCUCCUUAUCUGCCCUAGUGCAACAGGAUCCCCUAGGUACACUCCCUUCGUUAGCUAUUCCAGAUGAAGGUGCAAGUAGCAGCAUCUCAAGUGCGCCUACAGCAGUGAAUACUGCGAUUAAACCGGUUUCUUAUGAGUCAGAUGGCCUUCGGUUGUAUACAAUUCCCUUGGUCCUGAAGAACAAGGAAAGAUGGGAAGAUAAACACUCCCCGCAAAUUAUCGUCAAAGCCAAAUACAUGCCGUACCGUGCAUUGCGACAACAGUUCUGGAGGUUGAUGCUGCGUCAAUACGACGCGGAUGACAGCGGUCGCAUCGACAAGGUUGAGCUGACCACGAUGCUGGAUACCCUCGGAUCAACUUUGAAGGAGUCUACGAUCGAUAGUUUCUUCGACCGCUUUGCUUUAGAGAACGAAUCAACUGACAUCCAAAGCCUAACCUUUGACCAAGUUGUUAUGUGUCUUGAAGAUACCCUCCAGGCGCUACAAAAAGACCAAAGAACGAUGGGCAAGAAAACUUCACCGACUCCAUCAACAGGUAGCCAAGAAAGUGAGGAUCAAUCAAGUGGUGAUGACCUCGCAUUUGAAAUCGGCACCUCUCUACCAACCCAUCAGGCAACUUCCGCCCCGACAUUGUUUUCAAUGGACCAGCUCUCUUCGAACGACGAGGACCUUCGUCCGGACGACCUAGGCGAUGAAGGCGGCGAAGAGCAUGUCAUUGAACUUCGAGAAUGUCCUCUUUGCCAUCAGCCCCGACUUUCUAAACGCUCUGAUGCAGAUAUUAUCACACAUAUAGCUACCUGUGCCAGCCAGGAUUGGCGACAGGUCGAUAAUCUCGUCAUGGGCGGCUUUGUGACCUCCAGCCAGGCACAACGCAAGUGGUAUACCAAAGUCAUCACCAAGAUUUCUUACGGUGGCUAUAAGCUAGGUGCGAACUCGGCGAAUAUUCUUGUCCAAGACCGUAUCACUGGACAGAUCAAUGAAGAGCGAAUGAGUGUCUACGUUCGUCUCGGUAUUCGUCUUCUAUAUAAGGGUCUCAAGAGCCGGGAAAUGGAGAAGAAGAGAAUUCGCAAAAUUCUCAAGUCGCUUAGUAUCAAACAGGGAAGGAAGUACGAUGAUCCAGACUCUGCCAGCCAGAUUCGGGACUUUAUCAACUUCCACCAACUAGAUCUAACAGAGGUCUUGCUACCUCUGGAUCAGUUUAGGAAUUUCAAUGAAUUCUUCUACCGCGCACUAAAGCCCGGUGCCCGGCCUUGCUCGGCUCCGGAUGAGCCCAGGAUUGUCGUUUCCCCUGCCGAUUGCCGAACUGUUGUGUUUGAUCGGAUUGAUGAAGCAACCGGUAUCUGGGUCAAGGGAAGGGAGUUCUCCAUCAAGAGACUCCUUGGAGAUGCUUACCCGGAAGACGUUUCACGUUACCAAAACGGAGCCUUGGGAAUCUUCCGCCUUGCGCCCCAGGAUUACCAUCGGUUCCAUAUUCCCGUUGAUGGAAUCGUGGGAGCCCCGAAGACCAUCGAAGGAGAAUACUAUACAGUGAACCCGAUGGCCAUUCGCUCUGCACUAGAUGUGUAUGGCGAGAAUGUGAGAGUUCUUGUUCCGAUUGAUUCGGUUGCCCAUGGACGCGUCAUGGUGGUUUGUGUGGGUGCCAUGAUGGUCGGAAGCACCGUCAUUACGCGCAAGACAGGAGAGAAGGUUUCUCGGGCGGAGGAGCUCGGAUACUUUAAGUUUGGUGGAAGUACCAUUCUACUUCUCUUUGAAGAAGGGGUAAUCAACUUCGACAGUGAUCUGGCGGAUAACUCAAGAGGGCGUUUGGAAACUUUGGUCCGAGUGGGUAUGUCAGUGGGACACAGCCCUGAAAUCCCCGAGUAUGAGCCUGACCUACCGAAGAAACCGGAAAAUGUCAGUUUUGAAGAUUUGCAGGCUGCCAGGCGCAGAAUCGAGGGCAGCUUAGCACCUCCCCCCAGCACCUCCCCCCAGCUGUGAAUACGGCCUGGGUUUUACUAUCAUGUAGCGAGAAAGGGGAUACACUGCUUUAUGGCGUUAUGGGAUGACUUUUCAAGGCCCGGCCGGCGCCUUUCGUAGCAUAUAACUAGCAAAUUACAAAAGGCUGCUAUUGGGGACUGUGCCCAUGUCCCAUGCUAGUUUUGGAGGGUACUGCGGCUAUCCAUGCAUACAUAGACUUGAAGGUAGCAUAUAUUACAUGAUGUGUGUUUAUAAGGAAUUAUGUAUAACUAUUCAAAUAAAG